GAACGCUUCUGACUAUUUCAUGACCUAUUCCAAGUAUCUUAUAUAUAUAUAUAUACAUAUAUUUAUAUAUGUUCAUUGGCCACCCCAAUAGUUGCUCCAUCUCACAUAAUAGGUGGAAAUAGAGAAAUGCAGGUGUCUGCUCCAAUCACCUUUACGACAACGGUACACCCGUUCCCUUCAAACACAACGCCGCAUGUUUGUGCGUACGAAAUCGGCCCUCAAAAUGCGAGGAACGCGCUGGUCUUCAUCGGAGGACUGGGCGACGGGCCACACACGGUUCCCUAUCCCCGCGCACUAGCCAAGCUCCUACAAGAAAACCCAAGUCUUGACUACUCCGUGUUUGAGUUUCGAUUAAGAAGCUCUUUUUCGGCAUUUGGCUUCGCGCGGCUCGCCGAUGACGUUGCCGAUAUCGCCGCGCUGGUGAAAUAUCUCCGAAGCCUUGGCAGGAAACGAGUCAUUCUCAUGGGCCAUUCCACUGGCUGCCAGGAUUGUAUGGAGUACACUGCCCUGGCUCAUAAUGCGCCUUCUGUCGAUGGAUAUAUUCUUCAAGCCCCCGUGUGCGAUCGAGACGCUAUCGGGCUAGAGAUGGGCAUUGACAAGCUAGAUGAAACAAUAAAGGCCGCUAAGCAGCUCAUUGACGCCGGGAGAGGUCAAGAUCGAAUGUCUCUCACCCAGCUACCCGAAUUCAUGCAUGAUACGCCAAUAUCUGCCUCGCGAUGGUACUCGCUUGUAGCACAAGAUGGUGACGAUAACUACUUCUCGCCUGAUCUGAAAGACGAUGUGGCAGCCUCAUACUGGAACAGAAUAGAUAGGCCAAUACUUAUACUCCAUUCUGGCAACGAUGAGUUUGUUCCCGACCGGGUAAACAAGGAGGAACUAGUCAGUCACUGGCGCGACCUAUGUAAGCCAAACAUGGCGAGCGAGCUAUCGGGAACAAUACCCGGUGCCACGCAUAGAGUUGAGGAGCCCGACGCUGAAAAGUGGCUUUGCACCACAGUGGCCAAGUUUCUGCAGACUAUUCAAUGAUCUCGCAAAGCGCAGCAUACGCACAACGCGUCGUUACCUAUCCAUUUUAUUUAGAUCCGGAUAAACUAUAAUGAUAUGAACUUAUCUUUUAGGUCGCUGUAUACACACUCCCACCGCUUGCUCCUAUGAUAGAGCUCGGGGGUAGGGUUUGGGCUUAAAGCUAUUCACAAUACAAGAAUGUAAUCUGGUACGGCUGCCAAGACACUUGGUCUUCCUAAAUUUUGAAGUCCGCCAACAUUUUAUCUUCCCGAAAGCUAACUAGUCUCAGUUGAAAAUACGAUCGGGAUUCAUGAUAGAUUUCUACAACGACUCUAUCUGUGUGUAGGCCUAGGAUCGUGACAGUUAAAUGAUAGGCUACUGUAGUUACUGGUCUAGGAGGUCCGUUGUGAAACAUAAUUAGGGCCCUGAAAACUAGCUUCAAGUCAAUGAAUAUACACAAAAUCACAUGAGGGAGAAAUGGGAAGAGUUAAUAUUGCGUAGGAUAGUCUAUUCAUGCUACUGGCAACAAAUAUUGAAUAGGUUAGGAUAAAGCGAGAACACAGUUAAACCUAGAUAGUGUUACACGUGUAACCUCUGUGCCGGUUAAAGA